AACACACUCAUCCUUCUUGCACCUCCUACAUAAACUAAAGCCAUAAAACAAUGGCUACCAGGAAUCCAUUAUAUGCCAAUGCAUUUACAAGGUAUCCUCCAAUGGAGGAACAAGAAUGGGUGAUCCACAUUCUUGAAACAAUCAGAGAAACAAGAGAAAAUAUUCGAACUUCAGUGUCCAUUUUUUCAGUACCCAAACCCUUGCUUUCCUCCAAACCUGAAGCCUACACUCCUCAACUAUUCGCCAUCGGUCCUUACCAUCACUGGGAACCUCAACUCUAUGAGAUGCAAAGCUACAAACUCGCCACUGCUAAAGGAGCACAAAGACAAUUCCGCAACAUCAAUCUUCAACAACUUGUUGAUAAUUUCUCGAAAAACGAACAUGAAAUCCGAUCUUAUUAUCAUAGGCAUCUCGAUAUCAAAGGAAGUACCUUAGCAUGGGUGAUGGCAAUAGAUGCCUCAUUCUUGCUUGAGUUUCUUCGGAACUACUGCGAUGUCGAAGGGAAGGCAUUUAGAAGAGUGCCUUCUAUGUCUCAUAUGGUCGACUCGAAGCGGAUAAAGUUUGCUUACAACUCGAUUAUUAAGGAUGUUGUGAUGCUUGAGAACCAGAUACCUCUCUUUCUCUUGAGGAGGAUCUUGUGCUUUCAGAGCUUGUCGGAGGAGGAAGCUGAUGCUGAGCUUUCAAAGAUGCUUGUGGGGUUUGUCACCGAGGUUUCGCCUUUCAAGUUGUUGGAAGGGAGUAAAUGCAUUGAUGUCAAGAAGCAUGCUCACUUGUUAGGGUUACUCUAUUGCAUGACAGUGCCAAGAAAUGAAGAAGAUCAAGAAAUUGAUAAUGAAAUAGAUCAUAUAGGGUCAAUUGAUGGAUUAGAUAUAGAUGAGAAUCCAAAAGAAGAUUUUGGUGAUGAUAGUUGUAUCAAAAACCUCUUGACCGAAACUUGGAGCUCAAUCACUCAGGGUGAAGGCAUGGUGGUUGAGUUUGUUAAGAAAGUCCUCGUCGGUAAACCUAUGCAGUUUUUAUCAAAGCUUCCACUUGGUUCAGUCAUCAAAGGAUCUCUUCUGUCCUUGCUUCACUUUAGAUUUGGUGAUAAAAAUGAUGAUAAAGAUAGUUCUAAUUCAAUUAACAAGCCGCCAUUAGUGGAAGAGAUAAUGGUACCUUCAGUGACGGAGCUGGUUGGAGCAGGUGUGAAGUUCUUGGCUACAACCCAAGACCUAACAACGAUAAAGUUCGAUGUGAAGACGGCAACAUUCUACCUUCCGGAGAUAACUCUAGACUGCAACACUGAAGUAGUGUUGCGCAAUCUUGUUGCUUAUGAGUCUUCUGUCGAGGCAGGUCCAAUGGUUUUCACUCGUUACACCGAACUGAUAAACGGAAUUAUUGAUACUGAGGAUGAUGUUAAACUUCUGAGAAAGUGCAAGGUGAUAAAGAACAGGAUGAAGAGUGAUAAAGAAGUUGCUGAUCUUUGGAAUGAGAUGAUGAAAUCAGUCAGGUUGACAAAGGUUCCAUUCAUAGAUAAAGCUUUGGAGGAUGUCAACAAGUAUUACAAUGGUAGGAUGAGUGUCAAACUUGGCAAAUUCAUGAAGAAGUAUGUUUUGGGUUCUUGGCAGAUCCUGACAUUGCUUGCUGCUGUCUUGCUUUUGAUGCUCACUUGUGUGCAGGCAUUUUGCACUGUUUAUAAUUGUCGACUUGGUUGGUUGUAGUUCAGUGUUAGUAAUGAGAAGGUUUGAAGCUAGUGUUGAGAAGAAGAUGGUGUGGAUUUGAAGUGUGCUGUACUGAAGACAUGGUUUGAUGGAUCAAAUAAAGGUAUAAAGAUGUUGUUGGUCUUUGUGAUAUAUCAAUGAUUCUGGAGUGGUUAGAUCUUUGCUUUCUUUUUUGUUUGAGUGAUGUGAGGUAUUGUAAAUUGAGCACUAAGAUGUGUUUUUAUAUACUUUGCUUCAAUGUUGGUUUAUAAUUAAUGGUUUGCUUUGUUGAAGAAUUAUUAUUAUAUGUUAAUAAGAUGAUGUUUGCAUUAGUUAGGGUGAUUUUAUGCUUACCAUUCAGUUCAUUUAAAUGAAUAU